GUCGCCAGGCGGCGUCUGUGGUAUAACGUCAGUCGUGUGUAAUGUGUAUCUAUAGUUUCCUUCUGUUUUGAAACCCAAGCAAGCUAAGUGAUUUAUUUCCUUUAGCAAAUAGAAAGGUUUUAAAGUGAUUAAAGUGUGAAUCUUCAUCUUUGAAAAGAUGGAAAAGAGGGUCGCUUUGGAACUACGAGGAAGAAAUCCCUCACAGAUUAAAGAGCUCAAUUUGGAUAACUGCAGGAGUACCAAUAUAAUUGGUCUUACAGAUGAAUACACCAAUCUUGAAAUUUUAAGUCUCAAUAAUGUUGGACUCACAACUCUCAAAGGAUUCCCUACAUUGCCUAAAUUAAGAAAGUUGGAACUUUCAGACAACAGAAUAUCAAAUGGGCUUCAUUUCCUUAAUGGAUGCAAGAAAUUGACACAUCUUAACUUGUCUGGGAAUAAAAUAAAAGAUUUACAAACACUGAAACCUCUAGAAGAGUUUGAAAGUUUGAGGAACUUAGAUCUUUUUAACAACGAUGUCACUAAUAUUGAAGAUUACAGAAGCAAAGUAUUUGCAUUACACCCAUCACUUAAAUAUUUGGAUGGAUAUGAUAAGGAUGAUCGAGAAGGCGAGGAUAGUGAUGCAGAGGAGGAAGAUGGAGAAGAAAUGAAUGGAAAUAAUGACAGUGAUGAAGAAGAUCUGGAUAUUAACUUGGGUCGUCUUGUGAUAGAUGAUGAAAGUUUGUCAGAGAGAUUGCCUGAGGAGUCGCCAAGUCUGCUGGUCUCAUUGUAUACAGUUUAUGGUCUUCUUUUCCACAUGGGUUAUCUUUUACAAAAUGUAGACGAUGAAGAAGAUGACGAAGAAAUAUCUUUAAGUGCUGUUUAUAAUUCAAAUCUAGAGGAGGAAAGCUCGGCGAGUUCGCUGUACGCUGGGAGUGACGUCGAGGAAGAGGAGGACGAUGACGUCGACGACGGCGAGCUUAAAGCGCAAGACGGAGAAGAUAACACGCAUGAAGAGAGUACCCGAGGUAAAAAACGAAAACAUGAAGAUGAAGAAGACAAUUGAAAGUUGCCUUAAGCGGAGUUAUCUUACUAGUUUGUAAGUGUACAGCACUCCCAAGCAUCGGACAAUAAACACGACAUAAUCGUAGUUGUGGUGUACUAAAAUCAUACCAAGAGCAACUAAUACAUAAAGAAAGAAGCUACCACCCGCAGGCAUAGUGAAUCUAACUGCUCAGUGUCAAUGACUGUAAUGGGGUCCACGAGAACAAUUAAUAUGAAAUCUUCAUUAUCACGAUUUUGUGAUAUAUUUUGUGUGGAAUCUGUAGUUUGUUGUCCGAAAAGUUGAUAUUUCAAUUAAAUUGUUUACGUAAUAACUAUUUUUUAUUCUAUUGACAUGCUUAUUUUAGUCUAAUAAUUGAGAUGCAAGUGCAUGAUUUUAGAUAUAAAUUAGCUCUCAGGAAAUCUUAAAUACAAUAUGAUUGAUAAACUAUAAAGUGGUAGAAAGUUGGAUGAAAUUUGAUAAAGUUCGACAUACAAUUGUAGUUUUUUUUUUUCCGGUGUAAGGUGUUCCGCCUGAAUGUUGAUAUGACCAACUAUUAGACUGGUUGAGACAUAUUUAAAUAUUAUAAUUCCACAUUGGUCAUUUAUUUACAUAUUUAACUAAAAACCUUGUCUGUUAAACCAGGAUAUCUAUAAACAUUGUUAACAUAAAAGUUCACUUUUAUAAUUUAAAGCAGUAUUGAAUAGGAUUCACUGAGUCGACCAACAGCUUUGUGAUCCAAACGAGUUAACACAAUAAAGAUAGUCAAUUGCUUCAUACACAGUUUCUAAAUCAUGUUUUGUACAUUUAUAUAAACAAAAUGGAUUUGCGCGUUUACUUACGAUUUGCUUACAUAUGUAUGUAAAAAAUGAAAAUUUACUUUAUAAAAUUAAGCAAACCUUUGUAAAUCGAUUGUGUAGGUCAUGUAAUUUUGUUUUAGGAUUUAUCCUCUCAAAAACUUGUGGCAGAAGGUGCGAUAAAAAUAAAAUUGAUGUUGUUGUCGUUUUCAAAUUUUUAUAUAAUACAAAUUUAUAUUACAUUUGAAAAUUAUAAAUCAAAUUUUUAUGAAAAUGUUGUUCAUCAAUGUUGAUUUGUUUUCUUACUACCAUGAAAAUUCUAAAAUAUUAUUCUCAUAAAACUAUGAGUAAUGCUACUUACUUAUUUUAUUUUUUACUUCAGCAAGCUCUGUCAAGCUUAUGGCGCAGUCUGCCGUGAGUUUUUGUGUAUAUUAAUUAGAUACGUCUAAUGACCGUCAAUGUUCCCUUAAAAAUAUCGUAAUAAAUGUGUAAAAUAAUUUAAUUAAAUUAGAUGAAAUUCUUUGAUAUCUAACGAUUUCAGAGAAUAUUUUUCUACAAUAUUUUUAAAUUUUAAAAGAGCAAUUUAUGCACCAAUUUUAUCAAUGAUAAUUUAUGAAAUGUUUGGUUGAUACAUUGUGGUGAUUGAGCCAGAUAUGUUGAAGAUAGUUUUAGUUAAUAAUUUUAUUGUAUUAUGUAAGUCAUUAAGUUUAAGUAAUUUACAACUUGGCCUGUUGAUAUAUAUAAUCCUAUUAAGACUUUAUUUCUGGGAUUGUAAAAUAAAACCUACAUGCAAAAA